GCAGAUCGUGUUUGGGUUUGACAGCACAGAGGAGGUGAAAUGGCUUCUUUUGCAGUUUCUGUUCAACAUAAAACAGCAAGCUAGCCUUGAGGGAGACCUUCCUGGGUGAUGUUUUGUUUAGCUCGGGAUUUGAAUGAGUCCUAAAGUAAUUUAUUUGACCUCGGAGAAUUUAGUUUUGUUUUGAAGGAAGCCUGUAAUGUUGAAGAGAUGCUGCAGUUAGGAGACGCUGUGACCUGCUUUUCGGCUGUGUUUGUGCUCGUGUUACUCGGGACCAGGAGCGCAGUGUGCUCCGUGGGCCUCACCGCGAUUCUCUACCUCUUCCUAGUGGUCUUCCGUUUCCCACAAGUCCCCGCGAGCCGCGCCAGGCAGGUGCUGCGCCCCGGGAGGCUCGCGCCAGGCGGCGUGUCGGUGGUGGCUCACCGGGCCGGUGCUCACGACGCACCUGAGAACACUAUAGCAGCAAUAAAAGCGGCCAGUGCCAACGGCGCGACGGGGGUGGAGCUGGACUUGGAGUUCACCGCCGAUGGCGUUCCCAUCCUGAUGCACGACGAUACCGUGGACCGAACCACCAACGGAUCGGGACCACUGAGCAAGCUGCGCUUCUCAGAGCUCGGCAAAUUGGACGCCGCCGCCAAACACAGACUCCGUGACCGUUUCCGUGGAGAGAAGGUUCCGACUCUGCAGGAGGCGGUGGAGGAAUGCAUCAAACACCAGCUGAUCAUCUACUUCGAUGUCAAAGGUCACCCAGAUGAGGCUGCAGCAGCUCUGAAGCAGCUCUACGAGAAACACCCGGUGCUCUACAACUCCAGCGUGGUGUGUUCGUUCGAGCCCAAAGUCAUCUACAGGAUGAGGCAGGCUGAUCGAGACGUCGUGACGGCGCUGACGCAUCGGCCAUGGAGCCUGAGUCACUUUGGCGACGGUUCGCCGCGGUUCUCAUCGGCAUGGAAACAGCACUGGAUGCAGGCGCUGGACGUGCUGCUGGACUGGGCGCAUCAUCACCUGCUGUGGAAGCUGUGUGGCGUGUCGGCGUUCCUGCUGCAGAAAAACUACAUCUCCAUGGACACGGUGCAGUACUGGGCUGAGCGCGGCGUGGAGGUCGUGGCCUGGACUGUGAACACGGCCGUAGAGAAGAACUUCUACCAGCAGCAACUGAACAUCAACUACAUCACAGAUAGUCUGACGGAGGACUGCGAGCCGCACUACUAACACACACACACACACACCACACACAUAUCUCACACACACACACACACAUAUAUAUAUAUAUAUAUAUAUAUAUAUAUAUAUAUAUAUAUAUAUAUAUAUAUAUAUAUAUAUAUAUAUAUAUAAUCAACUUAAUUUCCAAAGCAAAUGCACACAGCAUUUGGCCUUAAAUUAUUACUACCAUGAGUCAUCAGUUUAUAGCGUGUAGUAAACGUGUUGUGAUGUACAGCAUUCGAACACGUUUUACUUUCCUCUGGGAGUUUUCUAGUUAAGUACAUGAGUGUAUUUGUUCACGUUUUCAUGGUACCAGCAGCUAUUGGAAGGUGCUAAGAUAACAAUGCAGACAAGAACCCGGGACAAAAUCGAGACUAGAGUAUGCCACAAGGCGGCGCUGAAGUGCUGCUUUGAUCUUCGGUUGCGCUCCAGUACGGAAAUACGGUAGUUACACUGUUACGGCGAGACGGCGGAGUGUAUAUCGACGACAGAAAAUGUUAUUUCUCAGUACAUCAUUUGUCUUGACGUGCGCCGUUAGCGCAGGCUGCUUUUUAAAGAGGGAGUGAUGUUCAUCGAGUUAACUACUGAAGGCAGAGAAUGAUCCUAAUCCUCAGGUCUUCAAGCAGUUUCAGAGCAAACGGAGCAACAGCGCUGUCGGUUGUGAUUGGUCGGAAGUUGUUGAUUUAUUUUUCUGACAGCUAAAAAAAAUUGCUCCAGAUAAUCCAAGUCUAAAUGUAUAAUAAUUGAUAUUCAGGAUUUUGUCGGCGGAUUAAAAAAAAUAUAUAUAUCACUUCUGCGGAAAACCUGCUGGUAAUUUUAAAAGAUUGCACGCUCCUCCGCAUAUUGCGGCGUUUGCUUGAUUUUUGCGUUUCAUUUCAGCGAUUGCAAAAUCCCGGAGGGACUGUAUAUUGUAACGUCUUUCUCCAAGUCAGUCCCUCUGGCAUUUUGUGAUUGUAGACAUGAACGCAAAAUCAGGCAAAGGCCACAAUAUUCGCAGGAGCGAAUUUUUUACGUGACGUGAUCAUGAUGCGCGUUCAGCGAAAUCUCUCUUCGAUUCACGUGCGUCGAACACGAGUAGAGCGAAAAAGGUCUUGUUUACCAACAAACGUCACCGUGAAAGACCGACGGAACAAAUUCGUGCGAUUGCAAUUUCGCCAAUUCAAGUAGUUUCGCAAAUUUCGAAAAAGAAAAAAAAAAGCAGCAGCAAAAUCGAACAUUUUUGUCCGCGACGUUCACAAAAAAAUCCUGUACAGACUGGGAAGCGGACGUUUAUUUAACGGGAAGUAGGUUUUCCGUCACGGGAGGGUCUUGAGGACAUGCAGCGUUACCUUUUCUCUAGGUUUUCUCAGUCACGUGACAUACUGCUUUGUUUUUGUUUUGCUUUCUUCCUUGUUUCCUGAUUAACUCGUGGCUUCUGAAGGAACAUAAGUGAGGACAGCUUUUCCACAAUAUGAAAUGGAAGUGGAUAAAAAGUAUGAGAGCGCGAGGGAGAGAUCAUCAAUGUGUCAAAUCGCUGUGGUAUAAGAGGAAUAAAACACUGGGCAUGCUGUUACAGGCAAAUGGUGCACUUUGAUUGUUGAUUAUUUUCCUAUAAGAGCAUGCUCCCAAAUGUGUUUUAGUUUAAUUCAGCAACGUACCCUGCUGUGUUCCACGAGGCCAGAUCUCAUGUUGAACACGCUUGGUGGUUUUCUCUGUGAGGAAAAGAUAGUGCCCGCGCGCACACACACACACACACACACACACACACACACACACACA